AUGCCAUAGGUUUGCUGACAGAAUUUAUACGGGCUCAGCAGAGAGGAGGCCAGGAUUUGUGAAGGAGGCCCGCUCCGCUUCGACUCGGUUCGGCUAAGGUACAAUGCGUGUCCCGAGAGAGAUCGGUGACAUGGGAGAUUGGACGAGCGACAAUCGAUGUGAGAACGACAAGGCGUGAAAGAGAAGAAAUUGACGAGAUCCAUUUCGGGGCACAGUUGAUUUAACACAGCCGCCAUUUUGUUGUCACUUCAUGUUUUUUUUUUCCUUUUUCAAAAUGUAAAAUUUUCUUGCUCGAAAGCUAAUUUAUCAAGGAAAUCGCCACCGGUUUGUGCUACUUUAAUUGUAUUUAAUUGUUGACUUUCCCAAAGUGGACAGCUCUUGAACUUCCACCAUCACAGCACAGUGCCUAUAUAUAUGAUAGAAGGAAGGGUAGCUAGCUAGCUUGAUUUAUUAAAAAAAGAUGUAACUACUUAAACGCCUGACAAGAGAGAUGGCAUAGAUACAGCUUGCACUAGCACACCAAAGCUCACAUGUUGCAGCAUUGCCGAUUAGACGUGAGAUGCUGUCAUUGUGUAUUAUACUGGCACUCGGAUUAAGAAAUAAACAUUAUCUCAGCGCUCUGAAUGAACUGUUGGAACAGAGGACAGCUGCGAGGAAACCACUUACAGUAUCGACCUACCUUUGGGGGGAGAAGAAUCAACAAUCAUCUGGUUGAUCGGACGAAAUUUCUACGGAUGAUUGGUGCAAACAUUUAGCGCGUAUUAUUUUCUAAUUUCUGAUCUGUGUGGUGGUGGUCAGGGGAUAUAUUUCCCCUGUCACAAUGUCUACUGGGACGUGAGAGCUGCAUGGCCGAAUCCCUAGUUGGUCACCUACAACUACCAUUUUUUUCAAUUUUUAUCAUUAAAAACCUUUUACCUCGAUGACACACUGAGGUCUUUGCAUUAUGGCAAGGAUGAGGACCCUUCGACAAAGCGUUAUUCAUACCUACCAGUUCUGAUGGACACGUCAGUUUAUUUUUGUCAGUCGCAUCAUUUAGGAUGUUUGUCUAAUCUCUUUGAAGAGACAUUUUUGGCAUUAUUUGGACAAAACGGCAGUUGCAGAAAACACGACUACUAUGUUGAUGCACAGUAACGGGAUUUCACUCAAAACGAUGUGAGCAUUGCAUUUUAUUUAUUUUUUGGGACUCCUCAAGUUUGAAUGACAGUGGAAGAAGACUGUUCCUUUGGAAGACAUGUGUCUCCAGUGAAGGAGGAUUGCUGCUUCAUCACUGAUCAUCACCUCCAGCCUCCCAAUCGUUUCUUUCACAGUUUUCCUUAGAACGCAUAAACGUUCAAAACCCUUUAAUAGUUUUCCCCUCAAAUCAUUCAUGGAUCAUAGGACUCCGGGGGGGCCUGAAGCUGUGCCCCCCCUCCCACUUACAGCUCCUUCAGGAGUGGGAGCGGAAGGAGAACUGUGUGGGAAGAUGGAGGUGGAGAAGCAAGAGGAAGAAAAAGGGACGGCCCUACCAGAUGCCAGCAAAUCGAGGAAUGGCCCCAAUGACCAGAAACCCCUACAGCCUCAGUUCUCUGUUAAGGAGACCACCCUUUCAGAAGGGGGGGUCCGGCUCAAAAUUGGGCUCCAAGCCAAACGCACAAAGAAACCUCCCAAGAUCUUGGAGAACUAUGUAUGCAGACCGGCCAUCAGGACGUGUGUGAGGCCUAGUCCUGGGCGCGGAGGUGGGGGUGGGGUCAGUGGUGGUCGGGGUGGCAGCAUCGGAAUGGGCAUCAAGCACGCAUACAGCCCUCUGCAGAACCUCACCUACAGCCCAAGUACCAGCCAGCCUCCCCUUCCUUCCUCAUCUCUGUCUGCUGCCACCCCUGCUCCUCCUCCUCUUGCUCCACCUGCUACCCCACCAACUCCAGUCCAUGGGGAGGCUCCAGGAAAAAGGGGUCCCCUGAAGCUCACCCACAAAUUUGAGAUGAAGUCUGACGUCUGUACAGAGAGACCCAUGAAUCUCCACCGUCCUGCUGCUGAUUCUGAGCCCCCCUUCCCUGGGAAGAAAAGCCCUAUUCUCCAAAUGACCCACCUGAGCUCUUCGAUUCCAGCACCCUCCUCGUCCAGUUCGCAGAUGCCUGACUCUAAAAGUGAAGUGACCCACAUAAAACCCCAGUUGAGCCAUGAGAAUGACAGGGACAAGGGGAAAGCUGUGUUAAAUGGAGGAACUCCCACUGUCACUGAAAAAUUGGCCCAGCUCAUUGCCACUUGCCCACCCUCCAAGUCCAGUAAGACUAAGGUUUGUAAAAUCACUUCCUCCACUGCUCUCAUUGCAAACACAGCUGUUAACAGUCUGCCAUCUGGCACACAAUGGUUAGAUCCUUCUGCACUAAUCAGAGCAGGAAAGUCUUCCCCUGUGAGUAACUCCCAACAACUCCACUUGCCACCUCCCGUCUUGCACUCUCCAGGCCGCCUAUCCCGUCACAAGGACAGCAUUUUGGAAAAGUUUUCAGGAACAUCUCGGAAAAUGGAAGCCAAUGGGCUUGGAAGGGUGGGAAAUGACGAAAGUAGUUCUACAGGUGUUAAUGGUGACAGCACUGUUAUGGCUGUAAAAACCAGCCAGAGUAGCAGUAGCAACAGCAAUAAGUCACAGGGACACACCCCUGUCCCGUCAUUGUUAUCGUUCUCAUUAGAUCGGAGAGGAGAAGGUGCAGCAGAAUAUCGGCAAGGGAGUACUCCUAUCUUCAGCACCAUUUCCCGAGGUGGUCCCUUGCAGGCAACUGAAAAUCAUGCAAGAACAGAUGAAGAGGACAGAGAUGGAUCCAGAGAGUAUCAGCUACAACUCUUGAGCAAACGUUCCUCUUCUUUGGGAGCUCAGAAAAAUGAUUGUAGCACCAUUGGGGAGAUAUUAGCUUCUGGACAUGAAAACAGAAAGAAUGCAGCUCCUGUCAAACCUAAAAGUCCAAUCAGGGACAAAAACACUAGUGGAGCAACCAUUUCUGAAUCCACAAGACCCAUGGCCUUUCCUGUGAACUCUUCUGCUACAAGCAGCCCAUCCCUGUGUUCAGAGGAUACCCUCAGUGUGUUUCCUGGCUCCCCCUCAGAGCAGGAUUGCAAACCCCUGAAGAAGCGGAAGGGCAGGCGUCCACGCUGGACUCGGGUUGUGAAUCGCACCCACAGGUUGGUGCAGACUAGUGUUGCUGAUCAGGACCCACCAAGUUUGCAUACGUCCACAUCCCUUUCCUCACUGCCGCAUAAACCCAGGCCAGUCGGUCGGCCCCCUAAUUCAAACAGGACUUCACCUUCUAUUUCCCAGCUCUUUACUGCUCCACCCAGAAAGAGAGGACGACCAAGGUCAAAAAUGCCUAGACUGGAUAUUCCUCGCCCUGGUCACACACUUAAAAUGCCCUCUUCCAAAGUAUACUCUCUGUUAAAGUCCAAGGAGGAGCAGGAUCCUCCCAUUUUGCAUCCAGAGGUGGACCUGAACCCUCCAAAAGUGAUGCCCAGAAAACGUGGGCGGCCAAAGCGCUUGCCUCCAACCCUGCCACAAGAGCCUCAACCCCCAACUCUGGCUCCCGAGGAGAGAGGAGGAAUGGGGCGGGGGAUGGAAGCAGAGACUUCCCUAUGCAGGAGGAGCAGUGGGCAGCAUAUAAUGAGAACAAUCAUUGGCAAAAUUAAUAAGAUGAGGUCCAUGAAACGAAAGCGCCUCCUCAAACAGAUUCUACUGGGUCCUGGGGCUGAAUCGGAGGAGGAAUCCUCUACGGUGACCCCUGGAGGGGUCACUGGAUCUGUAACGGCAGCCACACACUCCUUAUCAUCCCUAGCAGCUUCUUUUGGAGGGAGAUUAGGUUCCCAAAUUAAUGUUAGCAAGAAGGGGACAAUAUACAUGGGAAAAAGGAGAGGACGCAAGCCAAAAGUAUUAAUUCACACUUCUGUUAGUGCCCCUUCUCUCCCUGCUGAACCUUUACUGCCUGCAACUUCUGCUUUGCCUUUGCAGCACCAUCAGUUGAAGUCUCAACAACCUCAACAACAAAUGUCAUCCUCUGAUAUGUUUCCCUCACCAUCUCUCUCACAAUCCAGUGGAGGGCAAAGUCCCAGUAGUGACAUCGGCUUUGCGGGCUCAGGUACUGUUCACCUCUCAUCACACACAUCUUGUAGCUAUGUUCGCCAUUCCCUCUCCCAAUUACCCUCAUCUUCAACCUCUUCCAGUCGGCUCCUAUCAAGCUUGGGUUCCUCCAGCACCUCUCUAAAAAAGCCCAUGUGUCGGAGCUAUUACCAUCAUGAUUACCGGCAGCAGCACCUUUAUCACAAGCUCUCUCCCACCCCACCCCUUCUACCUGCGUCUCCAGCACACCUGAGUGAGCUAAAAGAAGCAACACCUUCACCUGUCAGUGAGUCUCACAGUGAUGAGACUGUACCCAGCGAUAGUGGCAUAGGAACAGACAACAACAGCACUUCUGACCGGGGAGAGAAAGGGGGAGGAGUUGGUAGACUGGGAAGCAUAAGCAUAUCCCAGGGAAUGUCAGGAGGACUUGUCAUGCCUGAAGCAAUAGGGUCAUUGGUUGGGAUCGUGGCUGAAGGAAAUCCCAGAGAAAGACGCAAACAUUGUUCUUCAGUGUUGCUGGACCAUCCAUCAACUGCUUUCUCCUCCUUAAGCCAUGGGGAUUCUCCAGACAUCUGUCGGACUCACUUGACCCCACCUUCCUCAGCAUUGACCCUUGGUCAUAAAGAGAAACACAGGCACAAGUGCAAGCGACGGGCCCAUAGCUGCCAGGGGCAUGACAAACUGAAAAGACAGAAACGCAAACGCAAGAAGAAAUACCUGCAGCUUAGGUCUUGCAGACAAGAUCCAGAUUUCUUGGCUGAACUCGAGGACAUAGUUGUGAGACUGAGUGAGAUUCGGAUAGUUCACCGCAGCACAUCUGUAGGGUUAAAGAAUGGUUCAGAUAUAGGAACAGGCAUCGGAGGUCAUGGAGGAGGAAGUGGCAGCAAAGGUCUUCCAUCUCAUCACUAUGUACAUAGAGAUCUUCUCCCAACCAUUUUUAGAAUAAACUUCAGUGGAUUCUAUUCUCCACACCCUGCUUAUCCAUGUGACACUCUGCACUAUGUCCGUAAGCCUGACCUCAAGAAGAAGCGAGGUCGUCCACCAAAACUGCGUCAAGCUAUGGCUGAGGUACCAUUUGUUCAUGGGAUGGGGUUCCCUCUCUCUGGGGCUGGGUUCUAUCACCCCUCCUACAGUGUUCCCUAUUCAUCAUCCUCUUUAGGAUUGGGUUAUUACAGAGGGUACUCUCCAGCAGCAGCUCUCUAUCCACAUCCACAUGCUUCUCCACACCAAGCCCACCAUUCUGCAUCAUUCCCUCCCCCGCCUCCAUCUCCAUAUAUACACCACCACCCAUCACACCUCCUGCUGAACCAAACUAAAUUUCACAAGAAGAAACAUAAACUCCUGCGACAGGAGUUUUUGGGAGGGGGCCGGUCCCCCAUGUUGUACUCUUCUGUGCCCCCAGAACUUUCCUGUGGCUGGCUUCAUAAACAUAAGCGAAGACAUAAGCAUCGGGAUUGGCGCGGUGAAGAUGCCAUGGUAGACAUAGGUGAUGGAACCACCGGAAGCACGGGGAGGCAUAGUACGAGUGCCAGGGAAUUUGCACAGUCUCGCCAGUGCUACCAGUAUGGCAAGGAUUCCAAUGCUUCUGCCAGCAAUGAUAGUUUAGCAACUACACCCUUAGUUAAUUCCCCUUCCUCCUCCUCCUCAUCAUCAUCAGCAGCAGAAAGAUACAAGCAUAAGGAAAGUCCUCUUUCCUGCCUGAGCUCCUCUUGUUUAUCCACUGGAGGAAGAGGUAGGGGCCACUAUCACCAGGAGCUAUGGCAGAGGAAUGGUGGCUCUGAUGUUGAUUGCACUAACUUGUCUAGGAGCUCCAGGUUCAACCAGGAAUCUUUCCCCGGGGGACAGCCAUUGAAUCUCACCGGUGACUCCGACAGUGAGGAAGAGGAGCCCUUGCGUCGACCAAAAUCUCUGCAGCCGUGCACUCCUGCACAGCAUACAAACUUGUUCUCUGCCCUGAGUCGCACUGCUUUGAGUGGGGGAGAUGGCAAGAGUGGAGCAGGGAGCACACUAACCUUUUCUGGACUGCACAGGGUGCUCAGGAAAGACCGACACUUAUCGACUGAGAGGCGAGACGCAGAAUCUGUGCCAGGUGGCCAAACCUGUGGGUGUCACUCUACUACCCCUGAAUGUCCAGGAGGGGUAUUGCACACCUGUUGCAGCACUAGUCCCCCAGUGAGCCAGCUGUGUGCCCCCUCCCCCGCAUGCUGCUCUGCCUGUCAUCCCUGCUGCACCUCUGAAGUGCCCAGCAGUGGAGAGGGCCAUGGCCCUGGGAGGCCGUCGAGUCAUGAGAGGGGGAGCAGUGGAAGUCGGCAAGCGAGCCCCUCUCUGCACUCCCCCCAGCCGGCUUACUCUGACCCUGCUUUUCAUGGGACGGGUCGUAUUAGUGGUGGAGAGUCCAUCACCUCAUCUCCACACCCAAACCAGCUGCCAACCUCGUUGUACCCCUACCCCCGGUCCCCCGGCCUGGCCAGCGACAGCAUCCUCUCCACCAAGCGCAGCCUGACCCAUGUCAACAAAAUCCUCCGGGCCAAGAAGCUGCAACGACAGGCGCGCACUGGCAACAACAUGGUGAAGAAGCGGCGCCCAGGGCGCCCCAGGAAGCACCCCCUGCCUUGCCAGCCACCAGAGUCUGUGACCCCUCUACCUGGCCUCGGGGUGGCCGGGCAAGCUGCAGACGACACUGUCUCAAAUGUGAUAGAGGCGGUGGUGCAGGGCCAGCGUGGAAAAGGUCAAAAGAGGAAACGUUCAGGAAGAGACAGAGAUGAAGAUGAGGGAGAGGGUGAGGAGCAGCAGGAGGAUGAACCACCUGAGCAAGAGGGGGACUCUGAGCAGAGGGGUGAAUCGUCUGAGAAGGGCUCUGCAGAAGGGUGGCCCCCCCAGGAGGAGGUGCAACACUUGCACAGAGCUCUGGGCACCAGUCUCCAAGGCUGUGCCUCCUCAGAAAGCACAGAUCUGCCGGCACUCAAGCAGGCCCCGCCCACAACCCUGCCCAGUCAACGGGAAAAGAGGGCACCCAGGCCACCCAAAAAGAAAUUUCAGAAGGCGGGGCUCUUUUCGGAUGUCUACAAAAACGCUGACCCCCGCAGCCAGAUCCUGCAGCUAAAGAAGGAAAGACUCGUGUAUAUACCUGAGGAGCAUCCAUACGGCCUCCUCCCAGCGCCUAUCCACGUCGGGAAACACCUGAGACUGAAACGGAGGGACUUCCAGCUGCCUUAUGACAUCCUGUGGUUGUGGAAGCAUGAUCAGCUGUAUAAGAAGCCUGAUGUUCCACUGUACAAGAAGAUCCGCUCCAAUGUGUAUGUGGAUGUGAAGCCGCUAUCUGGGUAUGAAGCCACUACCUGUAACUGCAAGCUGCCCCAGGACCCCAGUGAAAAGGGCUGUACAGAAGACUGCCUGAACAGGAUGAUAUUUGCAGAGUGCUCCCCAAGUACAUGCCCUUGUGAAGAGCACUGCGAAAAUCAGCGCGUCCAGCGGCACGAAUGGGUGCAGUGCCUGGAGCGCUUUCGCGCCGAGGGCAAGGGCUGGGGCAUCCGCACCAAGGAGCCGCUGCGGUCCGGCCAGUUCAUCAUCGAGUACCUGGGUGAGGUGGUCAGCGAGCAGGAGUUCAGGAACCGCAUGAUAGAACAGUACUCGUCACAUAACGACCACUAUUGCCUGAACCUGGACAGUGGUAUGGUGAUCGACAGCUACCGUAUGGGCAAUGAGGCUCGAUUCAUCAACCACAGCUGUGAGCCCAACUGCGAGAUGCAGAAGUGGUCGGUCAAUGGGGUCUACCGGAUCGGCCUCUUCGCCCUGAAGGAUAUGAGCAGCGGCACGGAGCUCACCUACGACUACAACUUCCACUCCUUCAACACGGAGGAUCAGCAAGUGUGCCGGUGUGGCUCGGAACAUUGCCGGGGCAUUAUUGGGGGCAAGAGCCAGCGGGUCAGCGCCCUGCCAGGCAAGACAGGAAGGGGGUUGACCCUCAAAGAGAAGAGGAAGCCGAAACAGCAGCUAAAGAAGCGGGAGGAAGAGGCCAGCGAGAGUGGGAAGUUCAGCUCUCACAUGCUCAUGAAGCCGAUGUCUAACAGGGAGAGGAAUUUUGUGCUGAAGCACGGGGUGUUUCUUGUGCGGAACUGGGAGCGGGUUCGAGAGAAACAGGAGAUGUUGAAGAGGGAGGCGGAAGGUGACAGGGAAGGCUGUGGCCUGUCACUGUACUCCCGCUGGGGAGGGGUCAUCCGGGAUGAUGGGAAUAUCAAGUCAGAUGUGUUCCUGACGCAGUUUUCAGCAUUGCAAACGUCACGGUCGGUGCGCACGCGGAGGCUGGCUGCCGCUGAGGAAAACACAGAAGUGACACGCACUGCCCGCUUGGCGCACAUCCUCAAGGAGAUCUCUGACAUGAUCAUCAGCUACAAGGACUCGACCAGUCAGAUGCUUGCUGCUCCAUUGCUUACUCUGCCCUCUAGGAAACGGAACACACAGUACUACGAGAAGGUGUCAGACCCGCUGGACCUUAAUACCAUUGAGAAGCAAAUCCUCACAGGACACUACAAAACUGUAGAAGCCUUUGACACUGACAUGCUCAAAGUGUUUCGAAAUGCAGAGAAGUUUUAUGGGCGAAAGUCGGCCAUUGGCCGGGAUGUGUGCCGACUGCGUAAGGCUUAUUAUGGGGCGCGGCACGAGGCUGCUGUGCAGAUUGACGAGAUCAUGGGCGAGACGGCCAGUGAGGCUGACAGCUCCGACUCUCUGGACCGGGACCAUGGCAACACCAGCAACCAGCAUGGGGGCGGGGCAUCAGGCCCCCACGACAAGGACGAAGAUGUCAUCCGCUGCAUCUGCGGGAUGUACAAAGAUGAGGGCCUUAUGAUCCAGUGUGAGAAAUGCUUGGUAUGGCAGCACUGCGACUGCAUGCGCGUGGAGGCCGAGGUGGAGCACUAUCUAUGUGAGCAGUGUGACCCACGGCCAAUGGACAGGGAAGUACCCAUGGUGCCACAGCCAAGCUACGCCCAGUCUGGAUCCAUCUACUACAUCUGCUUGCUGCGCGAUGACCUGCUGCUGCACCAAGGUGAUUGUGUGUACCUGAUGAGGGACAGUCGACGCACUCAGGAUGGUCAGCCGGUCAGACAGUCCUACCGCCUCCUGUCUCACAUAAACAGGGACAAGCUGGAUAUCUUUCGCAUCGAGAAGCUCUGGAAGAAUGAGAAUGGUGAGCGCUUUGCGUUUGGCCACCACUACUUCCGGCCUCAUGAGACGCACCACUCACCCUCACGCCGCUUCUACCACAAUGAGCUCUUCCGGGUGCCGCUGUAUGAGAUCAUCCCACUGGAGGCAGUGGUGGGCACCUGCUGUGUCCUUGACCUCUACACCUACUGCAAGGGGCGACCCAAGGGUGUGAAGGAGCAGGACGUUUAUAUCUGCGACUACCGGCUGGACAAGUCAGCUCACCUCUUCUACAAGAUCCACCGCAAUCGCUACCCCGUGUGCACCAAGCCGUAUGCCUUCAGCCACUUUCCCAAGCGGCUAGCCCCCAAGAGGGAUUUCUCACCGCACCAUGUGCCUGACAGCUACAGGAGGAACGGAGGACGACCUUCUUGGAAGAGCGAGCGGCCCAAGCUGGCCUCAGCAGGCGUGGUGGGUCACCCAUCCUCAGGUGACACAGGCGGGGGGCCACGCUUCAGCGGCGAGGAGGGUGACUCAGACACUCCCAGCGACAUCCCCCCGCGGUCCCAUUCCACCAUGAUGUCUCCGGCCCCUCCUGUGCAGGAGUGUGGUGCCGACGAGGAAGGGGAGCAGGGCGAGAGACUGAGUUUCUCCUCUGCUUCCCUUACCCUCCCUGAGUCGGAAAGGAGGGAGGUACAGAGGCAGCGUCUGAACAAGAUCCUGCUGAAUCUGCUGCAUCAAGCGCCUAGCAAGACCGCUAUAGAUGUGACCUACCUCCUGGAGGAGGGACCAGGGCGCCGCCUACGUAGACGGACACUAGGAUUAGCUGACUUCGGCGGCAGGAAAUGAUGCCGCCACAUGCACUUAUAGCUUGGGGAAGAAACAGCAGGGGGAAAACUUUGCACUGUCACCUCCUCAAGUCUGUCUUCUCUGUUUUCUCCAAAGGAGAUGAAAAUACAUAGAAGGACAUUAUGGGUAGCUGGAAGACAGAAUGUAGCCUGAGAGAACCUUAGAGAUGGAAGGGCUGAGGGCAAGGACUCAGGCACACAGAGCGAUGUAUUACAGACAGUGAAAUCUAUCGGAAAUGUGUAACAAAAACCCCAGCUGCAGCAGAAGAUCCUCGAUAAAAACUUGAAAUAAAGUGGUAACACUAUAAAGCAGGAAGUAAACACAGAAAAACGGGCAAAGCCUCAGCACAGUCAUAGAAAAACUCGGAGGGUGGGAGAUGUCACAGGGUGAUAUGGUGACCUGUAGUUCCACACAGGGACCUGUGUCAUAAUCUGAGAAUGGCCACUAAGUUGAUGAAUCCUCAGAUAUAUUUAGCAGAGUUAUGAUGACUGAGAAGAUGAAGGGCUUGUGCUUGAAUGGCAUGAAUUCAAAGGACUGACGUGUAGCUGAAGUAGCACAGGUUGGCGCUCUCUCUCUCUCUCUCUUCUCUCUCACUUGAGCAGUCGGCUCACGGGGAGAACAUUCAUCUCUGCAUGCUCAUUUGGCAUGACUUCAUAGACUCUUAGGGGUGUAGGAGUUCAUAAAUGUCACAUGCCAAAAUGAAAGAAGAUAUGUGAGACUAACACAGGUUUUAAGUACGCGAGCAUGGGCAGGGACGUUUGUGAAAGAUUGCUCAUAAGGCUGUUUUUUCCCAGAGAGUCUUUUUUUUUGUUUUCAUGGUAAAAUUUAUGUUUUCAUUUUAACGUUUAAUAAGGUUAUGGAUGGCCUGGGACAAGACUGUAGGAAAUCCACUGGACUGAUCCAUUCUGUCCAAUUUGGACUGUCAGAAUAAGGCUGGCUUAAAAAUUGUUGCAAGCUAAGUUGGUCAGUGUUGCUGAUGUAGGCUACAAUGGAGUCUGAAAUAGCAAUAUCAUAUAAUAGAUUUGGUUUUUCAUGUAUUGUACAGGAUCCGGACAAUGGAGCCUACUUGUAUUAUUAUUAAUAUUACUAUUAUUGUUAUUAAUAAUUUUGCUGCGGUUGCUAGUAUUGUUGUCAAAUGUAAGCUUGAUGCAGCAAGAAGGUGUUUAUCUCGUGACAUACAAUUUUACAGCGUUUUUUUUUUUUGCAUAUAUAUUAAUUGUAUGUAAAUGCUGAGGAAGGGGGGGGGGCAAAGAGAAGGCAAAUUUCGUACAAGAUGGAAGAUGUAGAGGCAGUAACCUACUGCCCGGUUCAUGAUUCCUGAGGAGGACAUUAACCCCUGAUUUGCUGCAAAGUGUUGAACACUAAAAAAGCAACCCAACAUGGUUACGUAUUGAUAUUUAAAAGAGGCAACAAAAAAAAAAAUCCGUUAACUCGAUAUCUAUCUUUUUAAUGAAAAGCUAUUCUAAUUUUGUGAAAGCUGUAAUAAAUGUGUUGCUUGUAUUUCUGUGUGCAUUUGUGUAAUUUUAUUUUUGUUAAUUUUUUAGACAAUCGCAAAAAACUAAUGCUAAUUUAAAUGGACAGACUGAUGGACAUUGUGUGGGAUUCAAAAGUUUGUCCCGAGUUCUUCCACUCUGGUUAAAAGUUUGUAAUUAUGAUUCUAAAGUCUUGACAAUGCUCUUUGUUUUUACUUUUUAUAUUUUAUUCAUUUUUUAAAAUAAACACUACAUUACAGUAAA